GCCGAUGAUCAUAUCAAAAGCUGAACCUACCCACUAUACGCUCGAAUCUCGACAAAGACUAAUUAAACUCUAUAUAAUUUAAUAGCCCAAUCAAACCUGCUAUAUUUCUCAUUAACCAACCAACCAUCCUAUUUUUGUGAGUGAAUAUUCAACUUAAUAAGAAAAAGGGUUUGAAGAAAUGGCUUCAAAAUUACUCCCACUUCUCACUCCAUACACAAUGGGAAAGUUUGAACUCUCUCACAGGAUUGUGUUAGCGCCAUUGACGAGAUGUAGAUCUUAUGACAAUGUUCCUCAACCUCAUGCCGGCUUGUACUACUCUCAGAGGACUACCAGAGGAGGCUUGCUCAUAGCCGAAGCCACCGUAAUCUCUGAAACUGCUCGAGGGUAUCCACAGACUCCAGGAAUUUGGACAAAAGAGCAGGUGAACGCAUGGAAGCCAGUUGUGCAUGCUGUCCAUGAGAAGAUGGCGGAUCUUUCUGUUUGCUGCAAAUCUGGCAUGUCGGGAAGAGCCUCUAAUUUCAUGCUUCAAAUAUAUUUCAUAGGUUAUCAGCCGAAUGGGCAAGCACCCAUCUCCAGCACCGACAAAGUGGUUCCACCUGAUGGCACCGGUAUGGAAUAUUCGCCCCCUCGGCGAUUAAGAACCGAUGAGAUCCCUCAGAUUGUCAACGACUUCAGACUUGCUGCAAGAAAUGCGAUGGAAGCUGGUUUCGACGGAGUUGAAAUCCAUGGAGCAAACGGCUACAUCCUCGAGCAAUUCAUGAAGGACAGCGUCAACGAUCGGACUGAUGAUUACGGUGGCAACUUAGAAAACCGCUGCCGCUUUCCUCUCGAAGUAGUAUCCGCCGUGGUCGAUGAAGUUGGAUCUGAUCGAGUUGGGGUCCGACUCUCUCCCUUUGCUGACUACAUGGACGCCUACGACUCAAACUCAGACGCCCUUGGACUCUACAUGGCAGAGUCCCUUAAUAAGUUCAAUAUCCUUUAUCUCCACAUGGUGGAACCAAGAAUGUCCAUUGUCGAAGGCCGGAGGCAGAUUCCUCAUAGAUUGUCACUGAUGAGAAAGGCGUUCAAGGGUACGUUCAUUGCAAGCGGAGGGUACGAUAGGGAGGAAGGGAAUAAGGUGGUGGAUGAUGAUUACACUGAUUUGGUUUCAUAUGGUCGGCUUUUCUUGGCUAACCCUGACUUGCCCAAGAGGUUUGAGAUUGACGCGGCCUUAAACGAGUAUGAUCGCAGCACAUUCUAUAGUCCUGAUCCGGUUGUAGGGUACACGGACUAUCCAUUUCUUGACUCCUCACCUUAAUUUGAUAGUUCUUUUGGUUUGAAUGAACAAAGGCACGAAAUGAAGAUGUAAUCUCUUGGAGAGUAGUUCUAGGCUUUGAGAAAAUCUGUAACCUCAUAAAGACUAUGCAUCUUUAAUUAUGAAAUAAAUGGAGCUCCAAUUCCGUCUAGGAUGGAUCCAAUUCCGUCUACAUUGACCAUUCUAGAUGGUGCUCCGG